CAACAGAGGGACCCAGUUCUCGAUUCCACUCUCAUUUCGUAAUGGCCCUGUAACACCACAGCUCAUCUAUUCUCACUGAUGAGCACAGGCAUCGUAAAUCAGAAGGAAUAGAUUUCCACCAAAACCGGCAUCUAAAUGUUACUCUUACCUAAACGAAUCCUCAAUUUAUAAUGCCACUAGAAAUCAACCCAAGGAAAGAAAGGAUCCGACGACAAGAAAGGCAACGUCGUCGGCGUCCAGAAGAACUAUGUUUUGUKUUSAAUACAAGGAAGUACUGGAGGACUGUUAAUUACCUAAAAAUUUCAUUGCUUUUUCUUUUGUWCUGCUUCGGGACGACACUCUGGAUACUGUGCACUCAUAUUGAUGAAAUUGGAAGCAGCAAGGGUCCUUGGGAUACCCAUCAUUAUUUGGUGGACGGCAGAUCCUUUGUUUCUCCCAAGGCAGACCAAACGAAGCCAUCAUUUCCUUCAUCGGAGGAGACAAGAACUCSUGAAGAAAGCUCAGUCAGUCACCUCAUUUCUGCUGAAAAGACCRWUGAUGGCAUGUUCGGGGCUGUCUUGAAAGAGUUYGCCUGUAGGGUUUUAUCACGGCACGUUACRAGUUCAAAUGUCCUCGUGGUUGCACCUGGUGCUGUUUCGUUUGCUAAGCAAGCUUUUGAGACGAUAAAUCCUAAGCAGGUACACAGUAUUAACAUGAGCCAACAGGAUUCAAUAGGUGCUGCUUUUGUUCGAUACGGAGUAGCCGAGGGUCAUACUAUCCAUGCAAUCAACAAUUAUUUCAAGAACCGAUCGGGUGUUGAGAAGUAUAUCCCAACUUUGGAUGAUUGGUGGAGUUCUUUCGACGGCUUGACUAACUCAGAAUCACAUGGACCGUUAAAAAAUGCUACCCAUUCCAACUUUUGGUGGUCGACUAGCCCUAAGGAGGUACCAAAAUGGAUUCUACUUGCAGUCUUUGAUUCGCCAUUUGGUUUGGAGGACUCUGUGUGGAAGAAUGCGGAUUCGUUUCUUGAAAGCUGUACCGUGACAUACCUUGUGAUUGCUCUUCACGCAAUCAGAUUAGGAGAUGGAUCUUAUAGAUUYGGUGGAAUGGGUGCAGUAGAGUCGCUUUUACGAAAGAGAUACAAAGUACAGACUUUGUCUUGCUCWCAUUAUCACGCCGAACAAAGUAAUGAAAGAGACAUUUUUGACCGGUACGGUCCCAAUGCCUUGUUCCAAUCUGUUGAACAAUUGAAAGGCUUUCUGAAAUGGGGAGCUGACGCGUCAUACUUUCAUGGGGAAUCGAAAGGUGAAGUGUUUACAAGUUACAUUUUCGCAACACAAGGCCUGGAUCUAGCAAUUCCAACGGCACAAACAUACUUCCAGUACGGGGAAAAGGAAAUUGACGUUUUCGGUGAUCAGGUAAUGAAUCAGCUCCCACCUCUCAAAUCAUGCCCCGAAACAAAGAAUAAAAACAUGCAAUUCAGCUUCAAUGAGGUCAGUCUAUCUUUUGCGGAAUGGCGAAUAUGUAUCAAUAUAUCCUUAUAAUUUGUUUCUUGAUUUCUAACGUAAUAUUUGCGGAUUAUUCCGGAUAGAAUUCGUUGCGGCUAACCUUGUCAGACAGCGAAUCGAUUGAAUAUUUGGAGGAGGAUUUAUGGAGCGAAGGAAAUGAAGAAUUCUCGUUUYGGAUGAACGGGAAAACAUUGUCGGAWUCAGAAGCUUUGUGCAUACACCACAAGGCUGGGGURAGUCGAUGCAAGACUCGAAUAUCCAAUGAAAAUAUCUCCAAGGACUUGAUUUCCGGUAAUACGAAGAGUCCGAAUGUGCUCUUGUUGCUUUUAGAUCCAAUAAGUAGGUCACAUUUCGACCGAACUAUGCCAGAGACUAAUGAAAUCCUUCGCAAACUGGAUUUUCUCAGAUUCGAGAGAUAUACAGCAGUCGGGCCUAAUUCAGGACCAAAUCAAUCAGCYUUGUACUCGGGAAUAAAGUUGGAAAAGCGAGGAAAUCUUCGUCAYGAUAGCGAUAGUGCCGAUAAGUGGCUGUGGGACCGACUGAGGAUAGCAGGCUAUAUCACAUUAAAAGGGGAAGAUAGCUGCAUAGAAAACUCAAACAUGAUGCAAAGCCUGGCACCGAAUACGACGCAUGGAAGCGCUCUACAAGGACUAUUUUGUUUUGAUGCMUUUGCCCGUCCGAAUUGUAUAGGGCCUGAUCUUGCAUCGUCGCUUCUUCUUGACUAUGGAGAGCAGUUUAUCUCAAGAUAYGAAAAGUUGAGGAGAUCCAGCCAUCCAAAUUUACGAUGGGCAUCGUUCAUGCAUUUUGUCGAUAGCCACGAGGACACGAUGGUAUUGUCAGCUACCCUUGAUUCUGGCCUGUCUAAAUUUUUGGAAAGGAUUGAAAGGAAGGGYUACUUCGAAAAUUCAGUCAUUAUUGUGACCUCUGAUCAUGGCCUUCACUAUGGACCGAACUUUCCAAGUAGACAAGGCCGAAGAGAAGCAACUGAACCUAUUCUAUACAUUCACAUUCCAUCURUCGUYAGAGAUCAAAUUGAUAUGAAUGCAUUCACUUCAAAUUCACGGAAGUGGACAACACCGUUCGAUGUACAUGAAACACUUCUAAAUUUAACCCAAACGUCCACGAAAAAUUCAGAGAUGCUGCGACGAGGUCUCACACUGACCGAACAUCUGCCUCGAUCGCGAAAUGACUGCAGGAAGAAUUAUGAUUUGAUUCCCCCGAUCUUUUGCGACUUUCAGCUGAACGAGACUAUAGAAGACGAGGCUUGUGGAUUUUGCAGUGUCCAUCAAAAGAAACCUACGAUAGAUUCGUUCUUUUUGGAUAUUCCUCCAUUGAAGCGGCGGCCACUGAUGCAUAUCGACGAUGAUUGCYUCRAUAGAAACCGAACGCUGACUGAUGUCGACAAAUUUGGUUUGUGUGACCACAAAAGCGAUAGUAAAUAGAGUUGACCUUAAUGCCUGCUCUGUGGAGAAAAUGAUUGGUCGCCACACAGUAACCU